CAUCAUCAUAACCCGCUGCUGUGGAAUCCUGCAGGAAGUCCUGACCUGGAGCGCUCGAGGUGGAGUUGCGCAUGCGCACUGAGAGCCUGAAACAAACUAACGUUCUCCGCGGCUGCACGACUUUCCUCGAAUAACUUUGUAUCAGUAGAUCACACGACAUCGAUGAUGUUUGAUUCGGACACAAAGUGCGUGUGUGGGAAAGGUUGUGUUUCUGUCGUGUACGAUAAGAUUGUGGAGUUCGGGAUAAGUUCGGGUUCAGUUGACCCACUGCUGUGAGUUUGGGUUUGUAGUGUCGGUGGUUCGGGAUGAGUUUGGCUCCAGUGAGCCCGUUGCUGUGGUUCCGAGUGUGUGAUGAGGGGGAUCUGGAGAGCGCGCGGCGGGUUCUGGAGGAUCCGGGCGGAUUCGGUCAUGUGGACGGAACCGAUGAGGACGGAAACACGGCGCUGAUGUUCGCGUCCGCCGGAGGUCACGAGCAGCUGGUUCGGUUCUUACUGAGGAAAGGCGCUUCAGUGGACAGACGGAACUAUUACGGCUGGACUCCACUAAUGCAGGCGACCAGGUUCGGACAUCUAAACGUUGCUCAUAUCUUGCUGGAGAAUGGUGCUGACAUCAAUGCGAGGAACCGGAUGGGUGCCAGCGUGCUCACCAUGGCCGCUCGUGGAGGUCACGCUCACGUGGCUAAACUUCUCCUGGAGAACAGCGCUUUGGUGGAUGACUUUGACCAUCUGUCAGCAGCUGAGGGCAAUGGCAAUGCUAAUAACAAUGUCCGCAGCGACAAUGGCAAGACGUUUUUGGAGAUAACGUCGCUCCUGGCCGCCGCUCAGCACGGACACGAAGCUGUGGUCCGACUGCUGUUGGAAUGGGGAGCUGACGUGAACUUCACGCAGAAGACAACGGGCUGGAGCGCGCUGAUGCUGGCAGCGGCCGGCGGGAGGGUCAGCGUCACCCAGCAGCUGGUGGAGAGAGGAGCGGAUGUCGACCAUCUGAACGUCCUCGGGAAGACGGCAUUUGAGGUGGCGCUUCAACUGCAACAUAAAGAGGUGAAGAACUAUCUGGACUCCAUGACCAGCGUGAGGCCGCAGCCAGAUGAUGAGAAGAAACGGCCGGAUGUUUUUAACGCACUGAAGUUAGGAAACGCACAGCUGGUAAAGGAGAUCCUGGAGGAGGACUCGUCUCAGGUGAACAUGUCAAACGCAGACGGUGCGUCUCCUCUGAUGAUGGCGUCUGUCAGUGGACAGCUGGAGGUUGUGCAGCUGCUGGUGGAGAAACAUGCUGAUGUAGACAAACAGGACUCUGUGCACGGCUGGACGGCGCUCAUGCAGGCCACCUAUCACGGAAAUAAAGAGGUGGUGAAGUUUCUUCUGAAUCAGGGCGCUGAUGUGAACUUGAGAGCUAAGAAUGGAUACACAGCCUUUGACCUUGUGAUGCUCCUGAACGACCCCGAUACGGAGCUGGUGCGUCUGUUGGCGUCGGUGUGUAUGCAGGUGGAUAAAGACAAGAGCAAACAGAGAGGAAAAGCCACUUUGAAGAGACGUCCGUCUGUAAACGUUCCUCUUCCACUUGAUGAGAAAGGAGGCUUGAAGUCGUGGUGGAGCCGGAUGUCCAAUCGCUUCCGCAGACUAAAACUGACUCACACCCUGAGACACGGACUCUCCACCAAUCGCCUCACUCCUUUUCCUUACGAGCCCGAGGUCCCUCUGGACGCCACCAUGAAAGCAGAGCGCAGCAAUGACGCUGAACCCAUUGGAACUGUCACGCCUCCUACUGGAGCUCCGCCCAUUGACAUCAGAACUGCGUGGAUGUCCAAGAGUAAAGACGGAGGUUUGAGCAGAACGGCAGGUGAAAAAGACGACUUCCUCAUCACAACGAUGCUGCGGAAUGGAGCUCCUCUCGCUCUGCUGCCCAAUGAGAAGCUGAAGGCCGUGAUCCCGCCUUUUCUGCCUCCGUCCAACUUCGAGCCGUGGAACUCGGAACGUUCUGGAGUGUUGAAGGAGGGCCGCAGCGGACAAGUGCCGCAGAGACCCAGCAGAAGCAGCUGUGCCAACUCAGAUAUAACAUCCAUCAGUCGAGUGGUCAGCAGGUCCAUUAAGUUUCCUAGCAUCAAUAAAGGUCCCUCCCCCUCCAACUCGGCCAAUUAUAACACUGCCCAUUCAUCAGGUGGUUCCAAUGGAGUGAGCGGAGGUAACCGGCACGCCUCAGACUCCCACAAUCGCUCAGGGGGGAGUGGGGCAGAUAGUGUUUUAUCUCAGAUAGCAGCUCAGAGGAAAAGAGCCGCUGGUCUCUUAGACAACAGAACACCUGCAGCAGAGACACCUGGCGACAUCAACCACACUGAUGCCAACUCCAGACGGAAGCUGGGAGCUGUGAAGAAUAGGCCUCAGUCAGGAAACUCCUCCACCUCUAAAAGCACAUCACCUACCCUCACACCCUCUCCCUCACCCACCCCCAAACCCCCCACAGCCGACUCGCUCUCAUAUGCCUCCACACAACCCAGAUCCAAGAGCAGUGGAGGAUCCAGCAGCGGAACCAUCACAGAUGAGGACGAGUUAUCAGGAAUCCUGAGGAAACUUUCCUUGGAGAAAUACCAGCCCAUCUUUGAGGAGCAGGAGGUGGACAUGGAGGCUUUUUUAACUCUGACUGAUGGAGACUUGAAGGAACUGGGAAUUAAAACAGACGGACCGCGACAGCAGAUACUGGCGGCUAUAUCUGAGCUCAAUGCUGGAAAGGGGAGGGAACGACAGAUCUUACAGGAGACCAUCCAUAACUUCCAGUCAUCAUUCGGCAGCAGUGCCAGUAACCCUCGACCCUCUGGAUAUCCCCACUAAGCUGCCUCAUAGCGUCAUGGUGUUCAAAGCUUUAGAAAUGGUCCAGAUGAACACACAUCAUCCUUUUUAUAAACUCUUGUGUUCAGCACCAUCGGCUUGGAGCUCCAGCAGAAGAUGAAGCGUUUCCUCAACAGCUCAGCUUGUGUGUGUGUGUGCCCAGGCCUUAGUCAGAGACUCUAAUGACAGCAUCAUGAACAUGUGAGCAUAUGUACACAUGCUGUUAUACACUUGUCAUGCAACAGGGGGCGACACAUCAUCAUCAUCAUCAUCACAAUGGUCAUGUGAGGUCACAUCAGGGUCUUAUUAAAGUAACUAAACAUUACAGUGAUGCAUUUGGCAGACGCUUUUAUCCAAAGCAAACGACAGUGGAUUUGUUUAGUCUUACAUGUCUUUUAUCAGGAUGUGUGUGUUCUCUGCGUCACCAGCGCAGUGCUCUACCAACUGAGCUAAAAGGAACUCAAUUUUCUUAAGAACUUUCCUCUGCCUUGCAGACACCAUCAUGUCAAAUGCAAGAUUAUGUCAUCAUUUAUUCUCUCUGUAUGCAAGUCUUUCUUCAGUGGAACACAAAAGAAGAUAUUUUGAGAAAUGUCACAGUAGUUUUGUGUUCAUUCAAUGAAAGUCAAUGGAGUUCAGUCCUUGUGGUUUGAUGAUCGACAUUCUUCUAAAUAUCUUCUUUUGCCUUCUGAAGUAGAAAGAAACUCAUCACCUGACAUGAGGAUGAUUAAACGAUAAAGAAUUCAAACUGUUUGCUGAAUUAAGGAGUCUUGAGUGAUCUGAUCAGGAGUUUGUAUGAAACGGUCACAUUUCUGUAACAAACAGAAAUUGUUUUUUUGUAUCUAAUUUGAGAAACAUCCUAAGAAACAACCAAUGACAAUUUAAUAAUAAUUCUGUUAAUUUAAUCUAAAAAAAUAUCCCUCUUAUCAUCACAGAAAAAGAAGAAAGUGAAAGUAUUUAAUGUGUAAUGAGGGGUUGUGUUUGAUAAAUCCAUCAUUCUAGUGAAAUGAAUGUUGCUAAUGUUUGCAAACAUAAUGUGAGUUAGUGUGUGUCUCCUCCAUUGUGUUCAUGUACUGAGUCAUCUUUUAAACAUAUUAACAUAUUUAAUGAUGACAGACAUAUCAAACAACAACUGAGUACAUAUGAUGUAUAAAAUAAACAGACCGAAAUC